AUGGCACCCCGGAAAGCUCUGUCUCCCAGUUCCACUGUCGACUUUGAAAAGUUUCGGCACAUUCGUGUUCGCCCCGAAGACCUGGAAGGCCCUUCUGAGAGUAGCAAGCGUUCUCGUACCACCUGUAGUAACACAUUGACCGCUCUGGAUGUGAUUGUGGAGUUGUCGUUGGAAGCCUGGACCCAUGCCAAGUCUCAAUGCCGAAAUGGAACCGACAUUCCCAUGUUUAUGGAGAAAUGGAGAGAUCUGGUACAAAAGGACGAUCGAUCUGCCGUCGUCGCUCUAGCCCACGCGGUCCACGCCACCAAAACAACCCUGCGCCAACCUUCCAUUAGCAUUAUUCUAGAUGAAGGUGGAGGAGCACUCUACGACGUCGCCAACGCCAACAGCAUUGCCCGGGAAAACAUUUGGUGGCCCAAAAUCAGUCAUAUUGUGCCCGAACUCUCUCAUUGGGUGCUGGCCAUUGAGGCACCCAACAGUCAAACCAGUUUGCAACUGCUCAUGGAAGAACUACUACAAUCCACAUUUACCAGUCCCUACGCCAUGCUUGGUUUGCAAGGUCAACUCUGCGACGGAUCCGUCACGACCAAAAUUGAUGCCAAACCAGCCUUGUUCAUUGGAGAUCGAGUCUUGAGGACACAGCAAGCCACGCAUGGGGCGCUCCGGGUGCUGGGUUUGUCCACCUUUGUCGCAACCUUUUGGGAUGCCGUCUUGACGCAAAAUGAAAAGUCCUGCUCUUCCUGCAACGUGGUACGCCCGCCUCGUCAGCUCAAACGGUGUGCCCGAUGUCAUUGUGCCUGCUAUUGCAACCGGGAUUGUCAAACGGCACACUUUCAAUACCAACAUCGCAUGGAAUGCAACGAAUGGAAAGAUAUCUACGAACGAUAUGCGGGCAAUCCCAUGAUUCGAACGUCCAUCAGACAAAAGACGGCAAUCAUGAACAAUCUGGAAAACUUUGUGUACCCCAAGUUGAUGGAAGAAAGUAAAAUUAUGUAUUCGUUGAAAGCAGUGUUGAGAGAAGACAUUAUCAGUUCCAAGGAACAAGCUUGCCUUGGCAAUGGAUGGGAAGCCAAACUCAAGUAUUUGGCAUCGUGA